AUGGCUACACACGUCCUCUUCAUUAAUUACUAUGGAAAAUCUGGUCAAUCUUUGAAAGCAAUACAAAGAUAUGAGCACAUGAAGAGCAAAGGGAUCGUUCCCGAUGUUGCUGCUGCUAACGCUGUUUUGUCUAGUCUUGCUAGAUCUGGCAGACUUGGAAUGGCAAAAAGGGUCUUUUAUGAAUUAAAAGCGAUGGGAGUUUCUCCAGACACUAUCACCUACACCAUGAUGAUCAAAUGUUGCAGUAAGGCAUCAAAAGCUGAUGAAGCUAUGAAAUUUUUUUCUGACAUGGUGGAAACUGGAUGUGUUCCUGAUGUUCUUGCGUUGAAUUCAUUGAUUGAUACGCUCUACAAGGGAGUCAAGGGAAAUGAAGCAUGGCAACUUUUCCAUCAAUUGAAAGAAAUGAAAAUUGAGCCCACUAAUGGUACGUACAACACACUUUUGUCAGGAUUAGGAAGAGAAGGCAAAGUUAAGGAGGUAAUGCAUCUGCUCGAAGAAAUGACCCAUAUCACUCAUCCACCUAAUUUAAUUACAUACAACACAGUUCUUGAUUGUCUCAGCAAAAAUGGGGAGGUGAACUGUGCAAUAGAUAUGCUUUACAGUAUGACUGAGAAAGGUUGCACACCUGACCUCUCAUCUUAUAACACUGUCAUGUAUGGCCUUAUUAAAGAGGAAAGAUUUGAAGAGGCAUUCAGGAUGUUUUGUCAAAUGAAAAAGAUUCUUGUUCUGGAUUACACAACACUGUGUACUAUCCUCCCAAGUUUCGUGAAAAAUGGGUUGAUGAAGGAAGCUCUGCAUACUGUAGAGGAAUACAUUUUGAAGGCUGAUUGUAACACAGACAAGUCUUCAUUCCAUUCACUGAUGGAAGGUAUACUGAAGAAGGCUGGUGUGGAAAAGUCGAUCGAGUUUGCUGAAAACAUAGCAUCUAGGGGAAUUCUGCUGAAUGAUUUCUUUUUAUGCCCAUUGAUUAGGCACCACUGCAAGCACAAGAAAGCUCUUGAAGCGCAUCAACUCUUCAAUAAGUUUAAAGGUCUUGGAGUUUCACUAAAAGCUGGUUCGUAUAAUUCUCUUAUCCGUGGCCUUGUGGAUGAAAACCUGAUUGAUAUCGCUGAAGACUUGUUCACUGAAAUGAAAAGACUAGGAUGUGACCCAGAUGAGUUCACUUACAAUUUGAUUCUUGAUGCCAUGGGGAAAUCGAUGCGGAUUGAGGAAAUGUUAAAAGUCCAAGAGGAGAUGCAUCGUAAGGGAUAUGAAUCAACUUAUGUUACUUAUAACACCAUCAUUUCAGGUCUCGUAAAAUCGAAAAGAUUGGAACAGGCUAUAGACUUGUACUACAAUCUGAUGAGCGAAGGCUUCUCCCCAACACCAUGUACAUAUGGUCCUCUUCUCGAUGGAUUGUUAAAAGCUGGAAAGAUGGAUGCUGAAAAUCUUUUUAAUGAGAUGCUAGAGUAUGGAUGCAAACCUAAUUGCACCAUCUACAAUAUUCUACUGAAUGGACAUCGAAUAGCUGGCAACAUAGAAAAUGUUUGUCAGCUUUUUGAAAAUAUGGUUGAGCAGGGAAUAAACCCAGAUAUAAAAUCCUAUACAGUUCUUACUGAUACCCUCUGCACAGCUGGAAGAUUAAAUGAUGGUUUGUCUUACUUUAGACAGCUACUAGAGUUAGGACUUGAACCUGAUCUUAUCAUCUAUAAUUUGCUCAUUGAUGGCCUUGGAAAAUCUGAAAGAAUAGAGGAAGCAGUCUGUCUCUUCAACGAGAUGAAGAAGAAAGGAAUUAUCCCAAACUUGUACACAUACAAUUCACUAAUUCUCCACUUAGGGAAAGCUGCUGAAGCUUCACAAAUGUAUGAAGAACUACUGAUAAAAGGAUGGAAACCUAAUGUUUUCACAUAUAAUGCCCUUAUCAGGGGUUACAGUGUUUCUGGCAGUACCGAUAAUGCAUAUGCUGCCUAUGGUCAGAUGAUUGUUGGAGGGUGCCAGCCUAAUUCUAGCACUUAUAUGCAACUUCCAAAUCAAUUGUGA